GACAGACCCGACAAACCCCAGAGCGCGGUGCGAGGCUGUGGCACUGUUCCCCUAUAGUGAGCGAGUUGUUUGGAAGGAAAGGAAGCUGGUGGAGGAGAGAGAGAGCGAGUGAGAGAGAAAGAGAGAGCGAGCGAGGGGCGAGGGAGGAAGCUAGCAAAGGACUGCAGAUGGAAGAGAAAAUUCUCGUAAUGUCUCUCUUCUCUGUUUAGUGAAACUAUCGGCGUUUACUAGAUAAUGUCAGAGAAUGUCCAUUUCUGGGACUUUGAGCAACUAUUACGUGGACUCCAUAAUAAGUCACGAGAGCAAUGAACUCUCCAGCCCGCCUCGCUUCCCCGACGCGCAGUAUUCCGGCUUGAGCUCCUCCACGGUCGCGGGCGGGAGGCAACCCGGCGGGGCGGCGCACGCGGAUCAUCUCCAUCCCGAUCCGUUCCCGUCAUGCAGCUUUCAGCCGAAGCCCCCGGUCUUCUCGUCUUCCUGGAGCCCGUUCAGUCCGCACCACGGCACCGGCAGCCUACCCGCCGUCUACCACCCUUACAUCCCGGCCCAGCACGUGCCCGCCGCGGACACACGGUAUCUACGCUCGUGGCUGGACUGCGCGCCGCGCGCCUCCGAGUCCGUGCCGGGGCACGGCCCAACGGGUCAGGUCAAGCUCGAACCUCAGCUUGGCCACCUCGGUGGAGAGAUUGCUCCAAAAACGUGCGGACGUCACCAGCACGAGACCACCACGUACAUCCAGGAAUCGGCAUCCACGGCUGCGCGCGAGCUGAGCCACCCGGCCGCCAUCCCGAGAGGAGGGUUCGACGAGAAUAAGGACAUUUGCGAAGGGAGCGAGGACAAAGAAGGCCUGGAUCAAAACGACCCGUCGGCGAACUGGCUGCACGCUCGCUCCUCCAGGAAGAAGCGGUGCCCGUACACCAAAUACCAGACGCUCGAGCUGGAGAAGGAGUUCCUGUUUAACAUGUACCUCACCCGGGACCGGCGGCAUGAGGUGGCCCGCGCUCUCAACCUGACAGAGCGGCAAGUGAAGAUCUGGUUCCAGAAUCGAAGGAUGAAGAUGAAGAAACAGAGCAAAGACCAACCCAAGGAUUAGACAACGGGGAACUCACUUUCCCCCCCACAUUCGAACGCACACGCACGCUCCCACCAUGUACACAACAUGAGGUUUGUCUUAUCUCUAGAACACGGGAUGGCUUUCCCAACAACUGUAAACACACAAAUGAUAUUUGCAACUUGGCUUCAUUGAUUGCCAGGAGACGAAAGACCUCUGUCUGAUGUUAGAAGGAGGCAGCGUUUUCAACUUUGGAAGCACUUGUUUGCAGUUAUGUGGCCACGAUGGCUAUAAAACAAACUCACACUGAGUAACGGUGGUUCCUCCCGGACUUCCUUUUCUUAAAAUGGGCCGGACUUAAAGCGGAUGAAAAGCUGCAGACUGGACAGUUCGAUUGAGGAAAUCAAAGCUGCUCUUUGGUCUUCAUAGUUAUGUUAUCUUUAAUUUGCGACUUUGCUGUUGAUGCUGAAGGUGGCAAAUGUGCUUUACAGACACAUUUCUUCAUUUUUUCUUCAAGCACUACUCUUAUAUUAGAUAUUUAUUGUUGGAACGUUUUAGACGGUGAAACCUGGAUUGAGCAUGAACAUUAUUAGGCACGCGCACGCAGUCAUACUCAACUCUCUAGCUUCCUUCAUUGCGGGCAGAAUUGUAUUAUAUCAGCGCCAUACGAUUGACGUUGAUAUUUCUUUCCCGACAACCGGGGAUCCGACUAGGUUGCUGUCGGUAUGCCGGAUCCAAACACUGUGCAACCGCUCCACCGAGCCCUUAAACCGCUAUCGAUAGUUGUCCCCGCGGUGUCAGAUUAUGCAAGUAUUUAGGUUUUUUUCUAAUCGAGUCCUUAUCUAAAUUAUUCUUAAAGCGUCAGGACUUGGCUUUGACAAAAAAAAAUCCCUCCACAUAUUUUCCGUGGUUUUCUCUCAAAUUACUCGCGCCGCUCAAAUAACAUGAAAGACACACGCUGCAAGCUUCUUGAGACUGGCCUGCCAUCCCGCCUGCCUCCUAGUUUACAAGCUAUUUAGCAAAAAGAAGGAUGUUCAUUUCAGAUUUCCCAUAAGGCGCCCAAAUGUUUGCUUGAACAUUUAAAUACCUUCUCAGUUACUAUAUCCUCCAAUGUUUAUCCAACGUGCUUCUUGCAGAAGUGAUCCGCUCUAUUUUUUUACAUACAGUAUAUUGUGUAUUAUCUGCUAUGCAAGGGGCGUUCUCGUAGAAAGAUGCCGGACGCAAGGUGGGAUUUAAAACAGCCCCGAUGCACUCCUAAUUUUUAAAACAUUCCGUUUUCUUGCUAGUAGUAUUAUCCUGUAAUUAUCAUUCCUAAAGGUUUUUUUGGCCUUUGUGGAAAAACAAAUUGACGCUUCAGAUUUCUUCCCUCGGACAAAGCUUUAGGAAUUGUGUGCAAUUGCAAGAGCUCUGACAUCACUUUCUGGUAAGACUUUGGUUCAUGCGGAAUAUUUAAUCACCUGGAAGUAAACAAGGAAGCCACGUCGGAGGGCCGACCCACCGGUGUGCCGUUAAUUGAAGUGUCGGCGAAGUUAGAAGGCGUCUGAUGGCAGUUUUAUAGACGGAUCAUAAACAACACAUAGGGUUUACAACGCUAUGUGUGCGACCAUUGUGUGUGUGUGUGUGUGUGUGUGUGUGUGUGCGUGUGCGCGCGCGCGUGUUUUGCAGACCACAAUGGCUAGUUGUGCACCAGCGUUGAAAAAAAAGACAUGCAUACAGUGUACGCACACUUGCGCCGAUGUGUUCUUCAGUUUAGUCAAUGAUAUGUCCAUUUUUAGUUUACCUGCAGCCUUCAUCGGGUCUCUAAAUCUUUUUCUUUGAAAAAUAUUAAAUGCAGACGUAUCAAAUCCUCUAUUUACGAGUAAAAUGUUUACAUGGUUUUCGCAUGCUUCGAUGCAUUGAAAUACGUUGUUUCGUCGUAUAACUCCUCAUGUGUUAAUCUGAUGGAGGGGAAUGAUUGCUGGGAAAAUGAAAACAUGACGGAAUAAGCAGUUCCUAAUAGGACAUAUUUCUAAUGUGUUGUACAUAAAGUGAUCCAUCUGGUCUUUCUUAUUGGAAUAAAUAUGAUGAAUAGUAUUGUUUUGUGGUAUAGGACCUUUACUGUAUUUCUCUCUGUCGUGUUUUUUGCUUUGUGUUCUCCAUGUCGUUGGACCGCCAAUUUGAAUCAUCAGUUCGACGAGCUCGAUGUGUUUGUGUAAUGACAGAAUGCAGGAGAGCAUCUUUAUGAAAUAUGCUUUUUUGUAUUAUUUGUUCUUAUUAUCUGGGCUUAUUAUGACUGCAUCCCGCUUCCUGUGUAUUCUGACUGAAGAAACUGAAGUUGGAGUUCCUGUGUAUUCUGACUGAAGAAACUGAAGUUGGAGUUUUUCUUUUUUUUGCUGAUAUGUGUAUACAUGUGUACAUAGCUCCACAAGUCAUUUUACUUCUUUCUUUUUUUUAAACAAGGCAAAUAAAAGCCAUGUGUAAAGACAUUAUUAACGACUAGGA